UUUUUUCUUUUUGUUAGGUUUGCCAAUAAAAUAAAAGAGCCGAUUAUUUUAUUUACAAAUUGCAAUCUAACUAAAUUGAAGUUUCGUACAAAAAUUUAAGCUGUCAAAAUAGAUCGUGGUUUUAUUUCUAAUAAUUUCUAUUUUAUCGAUUAGUUAGGACAAUGAUUAAACUUUUUUCAUUAAAACAACAAAAGAAAGAUGAGGAAGGCUCGGCAAGAGCAGGAGGUUCACAGAAAAAAGCGUCAGCCGCUCAAUUGCGGAUUACAAAAGAUUUGAAUGAAUUGAAUUUGCCCAAGACAUGCAAUACAGAGUUUCCAGAUCCAGAUGAUUUACUUAAUUUCAAACUAAUCAUAUGCCCUGAUGAAGGAUUCUACAGAGGAGGGAGAUUCAUAUUUAGUUUUAAGGUAGGACCAAACUAUCCUCAUGAGCCUCCGAAAGUGAAGUGUGAAACAGCAGUAUACCAUCCGAACAUAGAUUUGGAGGGCAACGUGUGUCUGAACAUCUUAAGAGAAGACUGGAAACCUGUGCUUACUGUCAACUCUAUAGUAUAUGGACUCCAGUAUUUAUUCUUGGAACCAAAUCCCGAGGACCCUCUAAACAAGGAGGCUGCGGACGAGCUGCAGAGUAACAGGCGGUUGUUUGAGCAGCACGUGCAGAGAGCGAUGCGAGGCGGGUACGUCGGCUCCUCCUACUUCGAGAGAUGCCUCAAAUGAAAUCGCAACACAACUGUAAAUUAAUGCUACCAACCCUAUAUAAAUAAAACAAUCUCACUUUAAAUUAAAGUAUUUGAUUAUUUAUUCAACAAAAACAAAAAGUGGGGAUUGACGUAUUUACAAUGUCAAUAUCAUUUAUUUGUAUUUGAAAGAGUUCAUCCUAUAUUUUUUAUACACUAUUAAUUUAACAAAUAUUUUCUUUUUAUUAUAUUCAUGCGGAUGUGCCUGUUAACGGCUAAAUCUCGUAGAAUUUUAAAUUAUAAACCACUAAAUUAA